AUGGGCCCUGCUGUCUAUGACGUCGUGGGUGCUAACGGGACGGGUUCCGUAGAACCCAAUGGAUUUGGAUUUAAAGGCCCCAGUUUCUAUGACACGGGCAUGGGCAAGCAAAACGCCCUGAGUGGCUACGGUUCUAUGGGCGGGGGUGGAAACGGUAUGAACUCCAUGUACGGCAUAGGUGGUUCGAUGGGUUCGAUGUACGGCAUGGGAGGCAAUGCGAUGGGCUCCAUGUACGGCAUGGGGUCGAUGUACGGCCCAGGGUCAAUGUACGGCAUGGGCUCCAUGUACGGCAUGGGGUCGAUGUACGGCCCAGGGUCAAUGUACGGCAUGGGCUCCAUGUACGGCAUGGGGUCGAUGUACGGCCUAGGAUCAAUGUACGGCAUGGGCUGUUACAACAGGAUGGACCUAGGUACCAACGGCGGCUCCAUGUACGGCAUCGGCCGCACCGGCAGCCGCUCGAGCUUCCGCAGCAGUGGUGGCUACGUCGGUGGCUCCUUUGGCGGCCUUUGGCGUGCGCCUUCAGGUCAUAGCUUCCAUCCCAAGCAGGACUUCAGCAUACCACCGCCGUCCUCGCUCCUUAAAGAGGAGGUGCUGAACGGAAAGGAUGACAAGGCGGCGAAGGAUGCGGCAGCACCCAUGACGAAAGGCUCGGACGCGAAGGCUGCUGCGAACGACAAGACGACAGCUGGUGCAGCGGAGAGCAAGACGCGCGCCGUCGCGGAUAAGGGAGCUGAUAAGAAGGACAGCUGCAGAGACAGUGCGGCUAACAAGAAGGAUGCCGACGCAAAGGAUGGAGAGAAGGGCCGGGGGCGUGGCAUGCCUACAGCGAUGGCAUCAUCGCACCGCCUGACGAAGCAGGUGAGCGACAGCGUGCACGUCAUCGCAGUGGUGCCGAAGGAAUCGAUGGUGAACCGCACUGACAAGUCUGUGAUGGUAGGCACGACCACGUACAAGAUGGACGAAGUGACCAUGGGGCCAGUGAAUGUAGAGAGGUCGGACUUGCUGACCGAUAUCGUGGAGCAGACGCAAUGCGGCCACAACGUGUCUAUGCUGGCCCUCUGCGGCGCUCAGCCGUACGCGUUGUGCACCGACCCCAUCACUGCCGUUAUCAAGCACAUGAUGGUGUCGCUCACGGAGGACAAGGCGCAGGUGACGCAGGUGAAAGUGUCGGCCGUGGCGUUCGCUGAGGCUGGAGACAUUGUCGACCUCCUCGAGGAGAAUGCGAAGCCGGUCAAGGCAGAGAUGGCUUCUAACCCGAUUUACGGUCCGUGUGUGAUGAACACCUCCGAAAAGGACGUCAAAUCAGCAGACGAGGCGGCCGCAGUUGUUAUCAGCACCGCUGCGAAGGCGCCGAAGCAGGACCUCAUCGUCAUUAUGUACAAGAUCAAGCAGAUCCGCCUUGUUGCCGCAGGUGGCGCUGCACCGGUGAAGGACGUGUACGUCUCAUCCAUGUUGGUUGCCAUGGUAGACGACGCAGGCAUGCAAAAUCUGAAGGUCCCCGAGAAGCACGCGAGAGUUGAACCGGCGCUCAUCUUCACCAACGCAAUUGGCGGCGCCAGUCGCACCGUGGUCAUUGUGCAGGUGCCGGAGCAAGAUGCUGAAAAGCUGGUCAGCGGCGCCGCCGCCUAUUCCCAGCGCCUGCGCGAAAUUAGGAACACACCGACGCGCAGCGGAAAUAUGAAGCGCUUUAUCGACUACACCGAGCGUGCCGCGGCGGCCAACACGAAGGUGUCGCCGGAGACCGCUGCAAAACUUGACCGUAUGCUCAAGGACGCGAAGGAACUGCUGGCAAGACCGGAGCAGACGCCGCUGACGGCAUACAGUCUCGUUAGUAGCAACUCGCCCACGACCCUGACGGAGGCGAUGCCCCACAGCGGCGAGGCCACCAUAAAGAAGGCUGAUGUGCUGGCAGCACCCGUCGCUGCAAACGCCGCAUGUGCGACAACAUCAUCCGAGGCUCUUGCUGUGGAGAAACCGGCAGGCCCGGCCGCAGAGUCGGCUGCCCCCACGCCGUCCGCUAAGUCAGAGUCGGAGAAGCAGGUGCGUCUUGUCGUGUGCAUCGACAACACGACAAAGGUACCAGCGGAGCGUGUGAAGGCGGAUGAGGUGGUGGUCCGCGCCGACGCGGCCGUAAUGUCCGAGUCAGAGACGCUCAAGAAGCUGCGCGCCGUUUUCGGGAACGGCCGCAACGUGGCCCUGCUCUCGGUAGAGACUCAGCCGAGCAUUCCGCUCAAAGACCAGUACACAUGGAUGAACGUUGCGGACAUCCUCACAAGGACGUUUGAGUCGCCGCCGGCGCGUGCGAAGGACACGUGCAUUGAGCUCUUCAUGUCCGUUGUACUCAAGCGCCACGUGCUCUGCGAUCUUAUGGCGGACGGCGCGGCGUCGGUGGGACCCAAACCCCUCAACACAGCAUCCUCGCCACUAUUCGGUCCAGUUCUUAUGGACGCAAGCUACAAGACGCUGCGUAAGGCAUCAGACGUGAAGCCGACACUGGAGCAGGCGCUGCAGGCCGCCCCCGCCUACUUCACGGAGCCGGACUCGAUGAUUGUCAUGACGGCGGUGCUGAAGCAGGUGCAGAUGGACAACGACGUGCUUGUGGCGUCCUUCAUGGCCGCCUCCGGGCCGUCGACGGCCGGCCUGUGCGGCGCGAUGUCGAAGAAUCCUAACUACUCUCGCUCUCUCCUGUCCUACGCGAUCGGUGGCCCGUGCGUCACGGCGCUGCUGGUGUGCGUUGGCAAUGACUAUGAAUCCAAUGCGGCGGCCAAGGACAGGCUGGCCGACAUGCAUGCUCUGACCAAGCAGCCGAACCACACGAGCCGUGAUGGCAGUGUAGUGGCGUUCAUCGACUAUGCCAAGAAGGGCCUUGUGGCGAAUGCGUCGAAGCUUGAGAAAGCAGAAGGGGAGGAACGCGAACGACUCAUGGCGGUCUCGAAGCGACUGCAGAUCAUGCACGACGACUACAGCACCUUUCUCAAGUUCCCUGAGGAGAGCAUGCCAGCUUACUACAUGGGCGACAAGCGCGUCAGCCCGGGCCCGCGCAUGGACGGCGGCAAGCCUGAAGAGGCAACCGGUGCAACUCCCUCAGCGCACGAGAGGCCGCGGAAAGACGUGGGCGUGAAGGCGACGGCGCCCAUCCGCGCUGUUGCGGUCGUUAUGGACGGUGAUGACGGUGCCAGUAGCGUGACUAACAAGACGCCGAUGGAGGUGACGAAUAAGGAGCUGAUCGUCAACGGGCAGCGCUACGCCCCGACAGAGGUGGUACAAACACAGGGUGAAUCGAUUCGCUCUGUUGUGAUCGAUGGGCUGCACAAGAUUGUGCUCGACGGUUACAAUGCCGCCAUGCUGACGAACGAUGUCGGCGGCAGUACGGUGGGCAUCUCGAUGGCGGUCAAGGCAAUCACCGUGAUUGUGCGCAGCCUGCCAAAGGGCAGUGAGGCAUUCUGGUCGGUGACGGUGUCUAAGGACAAGAAGGUGAAAGACAUGCUGGGCGAAAACUCUCCCUACUAUGAUCUUCACAUCGCCUCUUCGCCCCUCUUCGGCAACGUGCCGUACGGCGCGAACAUUGUGCCAGUCACGGAGGCGCAGGUGGAGCCGGUGGUGCGAGAGGUGCGCAAUGAGGUGCGCGAGAAGGGCGGCAUAGGCUACAUUGCCCUCAUUCUGCGUAUCGCACAGUCGGACGGCGAUGUUUGUGUGCCAUCCUUCCUUGUCACCAUCGCAGGGGAUAGCGUCGAGGAGUACGAGAAGAUGCUUUCGACGCGCAGCAGCUCGGAGUUGCUCGGCACUGCCAUUGGUGGCGCGUGCAACAGCAUUUACGUGGCUGGCAUCCGCGGCAAAUCUGGCGAGGUGGCUCAGCCAGUUCUUGAGGUAACCGAAAAGAUGAUGCGUGUGAAUAACGGGCCCCUCCGCAGUGGCAGUCUGAAUCGCUUCAUCACCCACACGAAGCUGGCGGUGGAGGCGAUGCAGCGCAAGAUCGAAGCCAGUGGUGGUGCGCCGAACCCGCAGCUCCUGGCGCAGGUGGGCCGCAUUGGGACGAUGCUCAAGGACGCGCAGAGCAUGCUGAACUCACCGGGCGGUAGCACGCCGGCCGUUUACAAGCGUUAA